AUGGUGACUGGCGACGAGCUGGUGACACAGGGACAGCACGCUUCUGCACGUUACUCGCGCGACAGGCGUGUGUGCGUGAUGUACUGCCGAACUGGAGGGAAUGAUGGUCCACUAACCGCUCUACACGCUGGCUCCGAGCGGCGUCGCAUUGACGGCGCCGGUGCCAUGGAAUAUCUUUCAAUUCCUGAAAGCCCAUCAGUCGUACAUAGAAGACGUGAUUUCGACGGUCAGCGUAUGUGGAACGACCUGCGCAAUAAGAGCGUCUCUGAGCUCAGCCUAGUGUUCGACAUGUUUUGCGGCUCGAGUCCUUCUUCCAGCCAGAACAUACACCCCGAUCGAGCUUGUCUUUCUACAGGCAAUUUGCAAGCGUCGUCGAAGAAAAAUCGGCGCCGAAUAAGAGUCCAACACACUUGGAAAACACUCUCUGCUUCAAACCUUGCCAAGCAGUAUGUCUUAGUUCAAGAGGAGAAGGCGAUGCAGGCGGUGCCGACGGCGCCUAUCGACGCCUCCAAAUUUGUCGCCUAUGUGACAGAACGGCGGAAAAAACGAAUACUCUUUAAGGGAGAAUACUUGAUGAUUAACCGCUCGAUAGACACGAAUAAAUGUCGAUGUGAAGUCGGCAGUACGAUGAGGGAACGGAACCCCUACCCGGACACGCUACCGUACGAUUACAAUCGUGUGACUCUUCCUCGUUUGACGUGCGAUGAGAACUCGCAUUACAUCAAUGCCAGUUAUGUGAACAGUUGGCUGAGGGAAAAAGCAUACGUUGUGACGCAAGCGGUCCGUACGAAACCGAUGAACGUAGAAUUCUGGCGUAUGGUGUGGGAACUCGGUUCGAACUGUAUCGUUAUGCUCACUAAAGUCUUUGACUUUAUGAAGGUGAUGUGUCUACAGUACUGGCCGUUGACACGAUUCACAUUUGGCGACAUCGACGUGGAGACGAUCGACACUCACACCUACGCACACUUUGUGUUUCGUACCUUUCGACUCACACGGCAAACCACUGACGGCACCGAAACUCGAACCGUUAAACAUUUUCACUUCACCGAAUGGGAGUUGGACUCUUUUCCUUACGUUUCUGCCUUCAUCGAAUUACGCCGAAGGGUGAGACAGUACGUCGAAAAAAAUCCCGUCGACGCUCCGAUUAUCGUUCAUUGCAGGUACAUGGCUUAUUCCAUCAUUCUUCGGAUUCUUUUUCAUUUUCUAGAGGCGCUUCUGUCCUUCCAUUCUUUCCUUAGUCCUUGA